UUCCAGCAACAGCGCGAAGAUCUCGUCCGGGAGAUUGCUGUUGGCAUGGAAGACGUGCUCCAAAACAUCAACCGUCUAAACCGGAAUCUGGAGAGUGUUAUUGCUGUCGGAAAUGAAUUCGGCUCCGUAGAAGCCUUAUGGUCCCAGUUUGAGAAUUUCAUGGGCAGACCUGAAGAUCAAGGAGACGCAGCUGGAAGACCCACCAAAGAAGGUCAUGAAGAAGGACAGAGUGAAGUUCAUGAUGAAGGGGAUUCAUCAGCAUUUCAG